AGAAUCAUUUGAUUUUUCUUACUAAUCCAUUGUCAUCAGAUGUUGAACGGGGGCAUAGCCUCAACUUGCAAUUUUUUGAAAAGAAAAAAGAAACAGCAAGCUUUACUGGAAGUGAAGUGCAAACCUUUGGAAAAAAAAAAGCUGCAACUUUCCUGUUUUAAAUUGUGAUAUAUUUUGCUAUCGCCGCCUACUGUAUGAAUCUAAGGGAGUGGCGUUCUGUCGACCGUCUGCGAGCGAAUGGCCACGGCUGUGAUGGACAGCGAGUUCGGCAGCCUCGUCAAGGUGUCUGCGGCGGUGUGGGCGGCAAUGUUCUACGCCCGCCUCGCCGCCGCAAGCCUUCGCCCCGGCGCUCCCCGCCUCGCCGCGCUCCUUCCCGUAGUCGCGCUCUUCUGCGUGGUCCCCUUCUCCUUCUCCACCACCACUUUCCGCGGCUGCUCUGCCUUCUUCCUCAGCUGGCUCGGCGUCUUCAAGCUGCUCCUACUCGCCGCGGGCCGAGGGCCCCUCAACCCCACGCAUCCCCUCCACCACUUCGUCUUCUCGGCCUCCCUCCCCGUCAAGCUCCGGCACCUCGCAUCCGCCAAGCCGGCCAAAGGUGUAGAUCCAGCUCCGGCCAACGAGAGCGCGGCGGGCAAGAUCCUCGUCUCCGGCGCCGUCAUCCCCCUCAUCAUCUACACGUACCAGUUCAAGAACGCCAUGAGCCGGUACCAGCUCCUCAUCCUCUACACCGGGCACAUCUACUUCUCCCUGCAGCUCCUCCUGGCCGUCGUCCACGGGCUGAUCCAUGGCGUGCUCGGGAUGGAGAUGGAGCCGCAGGUGGACCGGCCGUACCUGGCGUCGUCGCUGCGGGACUUCUGGGGCAGGCGGUGGAACCUCAUGGUGCCGGCCAUCCUCCGGCCUUCGGUGUACCGCCCGGUGAGGGCGCGUCUCGGCGACGCGGCUGGCGUCCUCGCGGCGUUCCUCGUCUCCGGGCUCAUGCACGAGGCGAUGUUCUUCUACAUCAUGUGGCGUCCCCCGAGCGGCGAGGUGACCGUGUUCUUCCUCCUGCACGGCGUGUGCACGGCCGCGGAAGCGUGGUGGGCGCGGCACGCGGGGUGGUGGCGCCCGCCGCGCGCGGCCGCCGUGCCGCUGACUCUGGCGUUCGUGGCCGGGACGGGGUUCUGGCUCUUCUUCCCGGCCAUGAUCAAGGCUGGCCUGGACGAGAUGGUGCUGCACGAGUGCCAGGGCAUGGUGGCCGUCAUGGAGCAGUCCGGCCGGUGGCUCGCCGGCGCCACCAAUCUCACCUUCGCGACACGCUGACCAGAGGAAAUGAAAGAAUGGGACGUGAGCCACACCAUUACUACGAUCUGACGAAACCUGUUGCAUCGCGACGAUUCUGACAGGAUGCUGCCGUUUGUGAUUUUUUCCGAUUUGGGAAAUUAAAUACUCGAGCCGUUCACAUGGCCAGCUUGGACAGCACUGGGUGUUUGCAUCGUCUGGGGGUCUGGGCUGUGAUGCCAGCUAGAAUUAUGCUAGAUCGAUCGUGUUAACAGGGGUUAAAGAAGCAUUGAUUCGGUUGGAAAAUAUCUUUACCAUUUUUUAUUGUACGUUUUCAGCUUUGCUAUUUAUCAAUCCAUUUGAUUUUUUUUCUUAUUAUCAGCCACCUACACUAUUAGCCCUAGUUUUGAACAACAAAAACCUACUAUGUUUUCUUGUAUCAAUCCCUGAAUUAAAAGUUGGUAUACACAUUUAUAGCUAGUAGAAAAUUUCAAAAUGAAUUUAGGCUAAAAUAGUUUAAUA